CCCGCCGCUGCCCCUGGCCCUGCGCCCCUUGGUAGUUGUGCAUAUAUCCUCGCCAGUUGGCGCUACUUUCUAUGUUUAAGGUAUUUAUCUCCCGAGGGAAAACUUCGCUAAAAUAGAUGGCACCACUUUGUACGUGUACGACAAACAAAAAGUGACGAGGUGGCCUCCAGUGGCGAAGGUCGGAUUCGAACCAGCGUCUUUAGCUGACCGGGGCGUCUUUAGCCAGUUAACGUCAUGAACCCCUAGGCCACCCCGUCACGGUGAAACUGGUCCUAAUUUCUCGACUAUAUAUGCAAUCGUAGUGAGACUAGGCGUUAUGUGAAAUUCGCAUGUAUCGAUGCCAAUUUCCUAUAGCUCGUUGAGCAAUAAUGUAAAUGACUACAUUUGACCUCGCUCGACAAAGAUGAUUCAGUUUGCACCGAAAGUUGAGUUCAUGAGAACCGUUUCACACGUUUCUUUACCACAUGCGCCCCGCCCGUCUACACCCCACCCCUCCACUGAAUUUUUCUGCUAUAAAAGAGCAUGUUGAACCAUAUUCCCACUACAGUGUCACAACGAAUAUUGCGUUGAAAUCAUGGAUCCGCAAGCUUCAUCACAUACCAAAUCCGACAACAAUACCAUCACCACUUGGUGCUGCCAGUGCUGGUUGUCCACCACCACAAGCGGCGGCGGCGGCGGCUGUGACGGUGGCUGUAGCAGCUCCACUUCGCAAUCGUCACCCGGACCACAACCGAUGGCAACAGCAAAGGCACUGUUAAAACAAGACGAUGGGGACAAGGGAAAAACAAACUGCCUAGAGAGCGCUUCUGAGAGCGAUACGAGCGAUGAAAUGAAAUCUUUUUAUCAAGGAUGUAAAAGCAAGUGGAUAAAAGCGUUCCAGAACAAUACUCUGAUUAAUAGAUGGCGCCUCCCCAUGCCAUUUCACACAUUUAGAGCGGAAGUAGCGAGAUUGUUAAAACGAUUGUAUAUCGAAGGUCACCAUGACGAUUGUCAUAUUUACCCGUUAAUUGUAAUGUGGGACGAUUUAAACGAUGACGUGGAAGAAAUAGUGGGAGAUGCUCAAAUCAACUAUCAAGACUGGAUUGCGUUAUUAGGUGGUGUUACAGCGGAACUAUUUUCACGCGUGGUGUUCAAUACUAAAUCUUUUAAUUAUUUAAUCAAUGUAAUAUUUUGUGUGCUAGGUCCAAACAUAAUAGCUUCCGGUGAUUAUGAAUGUGAACCUAAAUGUAAGAAUGCUCGUACAUAUUAA